AUGUCUGCACCUUGUGCAGGAUUAGUUCUGCAGGAUUCCCUGUGCCAAAUCUCUGAUGAUUUGAGAAUCAAACAUACGCUUGGAGCAACUGAAUCAAAACAUGAAGAUACUUUUUGUGGAGAAAAUAUGCAUUUGACAACUUAUCCCAUUUCGUGGUCAAAUGUAAUAAAAAUCUGGUACAAUGAAUCUAAAUAUUUCAAGUAUGGGGAAUGGACGUCACUGGAUGACGACAUAAUAAUUAAGCAUUACACUCAGAUUGUUUGGGCCACGUCUUACCUCAUUGGCUGCGGAAUAUCACCAUGUCCCAAAAGAUUGUCAACUCAGUAUCUUUAUAUUUGCCACUAUUGUCAUGAGGGAAAUGAUCCUGCCAAAAGAAAUGAACCUUACAAUGCAGGAAGUCCAUGUGGGGACUGUCCAAAUGACUGUGAAAAUAAACUUUGCACUAACCCCUGCCUCUACUAUGAUGAAUACAGUAACUGUCAGACACAAAAACGAAGUUUCGGAUGCAGAUCCCAGUCAGUUCAACAGUUCUGCAAAGCUAGUUGUCUCUGUGACAAGGAGAUAAAAUAA